CCGAAGCUCUGGCCCGCCCCGAGAAAACCUAGAGGGACCGAGAACAGAGUCGGGCCUCGUUUCCCUAGCAACCGUCUCCGGAACAGAUGAACACCUAGCGAUUUGACGGAUUGUGCCGGGUCUGGGCCGUUUGUUCCCAACUCAUAAGGCCUUGCAGCCCAGUUGACCCGAUGUUUCAUGGAACAAUAACAGAAGAGCUAACCAGUCAUGAAGAAUGGAGUCACUAUAAUGAGAACAUGAUAGAAGAUCAAAAAGAUUUUGUUUUCGUGAAGUUCAGUGGCCUGCAUUUAAAAUCCAUGGAAAAUUUGCAAUCCUGUAUCUCUCUCAGAGUAUGCAUCUUCUCAAACAAUUUUAUUACAGAUAUUCAUCCACUUCAAAGUUGUAUAAAAUUAGUCAAACUUGAUCUCCAUGGAAAUCAGAUAAAGAGUCUACCAGAUACCAAAUUUUGGAGUGGAUUGAAGAAACUAAAACUCCUCUAUCUUCAUGACAAUGGGUUUGCAAAGUUAAAGAAUAUAUGUAUGCUAUCUGCUUGUCCAAGUCUCAUUGCCCUCACUAUGUUCGAUUGUCCAGUGAGCCUUAAAAAAGGAUAUAGACAUGUUCUUGUCAACAGUAUAUGGCCUCUCAAAGCACUAGAUCAUCAUGUGAUUUCUGAUGAAGAAAUAAUUCAGAACUGGCAUCUUCCUGAAAGAUUCAAAGCAUAUAACCACCGACUUUUCUUUAAUUUCUGCCCUGCUUUGAAAAAGGGAUCAACCUAUGAUGAUGAAAUUAAUAAUAUCAAGCAUAUUAUCUCAAAAAUUAAUGAAAUUCUGGCUCAUAAUUCUCCAGUUUUGAUUGUUCAAAGAUGGAUACGUGGUUUCUUAGUUCGGAAAAACACGAGCCCCUUGUUGCUGUGCAAAAAACGCCAGGAGAAACUUAUUGGUGAAUGUGAAACAAAAUGGAUUUACAUACACAAAGGAUAUGAAGACAGGAUCUUUAAGAAUCUCUUUUUUCAACCUGAAACUAAUAUAAUGGGAAAGCUUACACAUUGGAAACAUAUUAUACAUUCUCCUGUUUAUUUAAAAAAUUCUAGAGAACAGAGUAAACAUGUUUCUUCUAUUAUAUAUGAACUGAAAACAAAAGAAAUUGGUAUAAAAUCAAAAAAAUCAAGACAUCUCACUCAAAGAGGUCAGAAGGAGUCUGAAGAUGAAAGUGAGAAUGAAGAAUUGGAUGCCAGUUUUAGGAUAUCAGUGUUCAAACUACCCAUACAUACUUCAGAAUCACUGAAGUAUGCAGCAUUAUUGAAAGAAAAAUAUUAUUUUCCUACAUAUGUCCAGCCAUUUCCUACUACUCAUCAAAAACCAGCAAUCAAUAAAAAAGACAUGCUGUUGAAGAGUAAUGUAAGAAAAGAGUUUUUUACAGCACACAGAACUGGUAUAAAACUCCAAACACUUUGGGAUGUUGAUAGAUAUUACUCAGAACAAGAGAAGCAGGAAAGCCAUAAGAAAAAAAUAGCGGCUAUCACCAUUGCACAAGGUGCCCAAGAAAGAGUUCACUCAACUGUUCAAGAAAACCUAAAUAAGAAAAAAAAUGCUGCACGAAAGCUAAUUGCAAAAGAUAACGAGACAAUUCAGGAUGGUUUACUACAACUUUGGCAGGACAGAUUCAAUUACCUCAAAAAAGUUAGAGAGAGGAGAGCUAUGUUUCUAGCAGAAAAAAAACAAAAGACUGAAGACCGUUUAUUAAUUCAAAACAUAAGUAAUGAGCGCACUCUUUUAUCCAAAGGAAUUAUUAAAAUGGACAGAUUGAGGAAGAAUCAAGCUGUCUUACAAGAAAAAUGUCUGAUUGUUCAGCAAAGACUAGAAAUGGAAAAAUAUCAAAAGAAUUUAUUAAAACAAAUGAAGGAAAUCAGGGCUCAAGAAACAUAUAAAAAACAUUGUAAAGAAAAAUUUGUUUUUGAUAUGAUUGCCUUUCAAAAAGCUUGUGAAAGAUUUGAAGAUGCUAAAACAAAAGCUGCAAUUAUGAAAACGAAUUUCAUCUUUCAAGUUCCCAGAGGAGUGACAAAAUGAACCAAUGCCAGGUUACAUCUGUGGUCCUUUUGAAUUAUGGCUAAUAUGUUUAGUUGAAGGACUUUGAAAUAAUGCUAUGAAAGAAGAAACAUUCUAUGUAACAAGAUGGAUUUGUAUAUAAAUCUUCUAAAAUAUAAACAAUAAUUAAACUGUUUCUCUUGUUGAUCAUAAUUUAAUUUGAAUCAAGUUAACUUGACACCCCCAAAAGGUUCCUUAUAUUUCCAGAUGUCCAAGGAACAUUUAAAACUUAUUUAAUUUAUUUCAGGAAAUAAUACAAAGGCAUUAAUUGUAUUGCUUCAUAUCCCAAGGAUAGUUACCCUAAAGCUAUUUUCAGUUUCUCUGGAAAUCUUAGCAUAGUAAUUUUUGCCCCAGCUGCUGCUGACUUUUAUUAAGACACUGUGUACUUUGAUUAGUUUCAUUACGUACUUUCAUAUAUUUAAUUAUAUUUCCCAUUUAUUUUGUUAAAACAAUUUCUGAGUUUCUUAUUUCAAAA